AUGGCUUUGAUCGGAGAGGCCCUCAUCUCUGCUACUAUCCAGACGUUGUGUGACAAAAUUGCUUCGCCUGAGUUCACCGACUUAUUUCGGCAGAAAAAGCUCGAUGAACAACUCCUCAACAAGCUGAAGACGACGCUGUUGACUUUGUCCGUAGUGCUUAAUGAUGCAGAGGAGAAGCAAAUUGAGGAACCUUUAGUGAGAGACUGGCUUGACAAUCUCAGACAUAAUGUCUUGGCUGCGGAGGACUUACUGGAUGAGAUCGACACUGAAGCUUUGCGAUGCAAGCUGGAAGAAGGUGAAGGUCAAACCCACAAUUUAACCAAGAAGGUACGUGAUUUUUAUCGACGCAUGAAUGUUGAGAUGAAAGAACGUGAUUUUUAUCAACGCAUGAAUGUUGAGAUGAAAGAUUUAUUAGAAAGAUUAGAACAAUUUGUACAAGAGAAAAGUGCUCUUGGUUUGACAGAAGGUGCUGGGAGGAAGGUUUCACAAAGAACAACAACUUCCUUGGUUCAUGAACCUUGUGUCUAUGGUAGAGAUGAAGUCAAAGAAAAUCUAUUGCAAAUUUUGUUAUCUGAUGAUGCAAGCAAGGAUGAUGUGUCUGUCCUCACCAUUGUUGGAAUGGGUGGGGUUGGAAAGACAACCCUUGCCCGACUGCUUUACAACGACGAUAAGGUGAAAGAACAUUUUCCACUUCACGCUUGGGUUUGUGUUUCGGAAGACUAUGAUUCUAAUAGGAUAACUAAAACUCUUCUAGAGUCAGUCACUUCAAAGUCUUCUGAUAAGACAGAUCUAAAUUUGCUUCAAGUUGAAUUAAGAGAACAACUCCAGGGAAAGAAAUUCUUAUUUGUGUUGGAUGACCUAUGGAAUGAGAAAUAUGGUGAUUGGAAACGCCUCCAAACUCCUUUUACUUCUGGGGCAAGGGGAAGUAAAGUCAUUGUAACAACACGUAGCCAACAUGUAGUAUCUGUCCUGCAAAGUGUUCAUGUUCAUCACUUGGAACCCUUGUCGCACGAAGAUUGCUGGUUCUUACUUGCAAAACAUGUAUUUGGAAAUGAAAAUUGCAGUGCUCCGAACUUGGAAGAAAUUGGCAAGAAAAUUGCACGCAAGUGCAAUGGGUUGCCUUUAGCUGCAGAAACACUUGGGGGUUUGUUACGUUGCAAUAUAGAUUCAGAGGAAUGGAAUACAAUACUAAAUAGCGGUAUUUGGGAGCUACCCUAUGAUAAAAGUGACAUUCUUCCGGCUCUUGCGUUGAGUUACCAUUAUCUCUCCUCCCAGUUAAAACGAUGCUUUGUUUAUUGUUCAAUUUUUCCAAAGGAUUAUGAGUUUGAAAAGGAAGAUGUAGUUCAAUUAUGGAUGACAGAAGGCAUAGUUACACAAGUUGAUAAUGGGAAGAUUAUGGAAUCAGUGGCUAGAACAUACUUCGAUGAGCUGUUAUCACGAUCGUUGUUUCAAAAGUCAGGGAAAUUCAGCUUCAUUAUGCAUGAUCUCAUUAAUGACUUGGCUAUAUUCAUGUCUCAGGGGUUUUGCCUUAGGCUCGAAGAUGGGGUGUCCCGUCAAGUUAAAAGAUGA